UCAAGUCAUUUCUAUUUGUUCGUGUAUUCAAAUACGAUCUUACAAGUUAUAUUGUUCAAAAUGAAAGUUGUUGUUGUUCUUGCCAGUUUAAUUGGCGUAGUGAUAUCUGUUCCUACAGGCAUUGGUGGUGGUGGUUUUGGAUUGUCUGGCUCAUCUGCAAGCGCGUCAGCAUCGUCAACAUCAUUUGGAGGCGGUGGAGGAAUUGGAGGAUUUGGGGGAGGUGGCCAUGGCGGUAAAUUUGGAAAGAAACUUUAUGGAGGGGGAGGUGGACAUGGAGGAUACGGUGGCGGCGGACUUGGAGGUGGAGGAUACGGUGGCGGUGGACUUGGGGGUGGAGGAUAUCAAGGCGGUGGUGGUUAUGGAGGGGGAGGUUAUCAAGGCGGUGGCGGUUUUGGAGGAGGGGGAUAUCCUGGCGGUGGCGGUUAUGGAGGAGGAGGAUAUCCUGGAGGCGGUGGUCAUGGAGGAAUCGGUGGAGGUGGCCUUUCUGGAAGCUCAGCUAUAGCUUCAUCACAAUCAAUAGGAAGCAGUUUUGGCGGCGGUGGUGGUGGUUAUCCUAUUGGAGGAGGAGGAUACGGAGGACAUGGAGGCGGUGGUCACGGUGGCUACGGAAAAGGAAUUGGAAUUGGAAUAGGCGGUGGUGGUGGAUAUUAAAGUUGUCUUCAUACAUGUGAACUCCAAAGGAAAUGAAAAUAAAACUGCUUGACCUAACAUCAAAUAAUA